AUGAAGCUUGUUAUCGCGAGUCUUGCCUUCCUAAUUGUAGUGAUAAGCGGAGCAAAAGUCAAACCUACUCAAGAGUCACUAAAUGAUGCUUAUAAUUCAAUGAAAGCAUCAAAUGAAGCUGAAGCUCAAAAACUUAAAGAUAGCAACAUGCUGCUUAAGCAAGAUAACUUCGAUUGCAUCAAGGCAACCUUAAAUCUAUCAGAAAAUGGCAAUAAAGUUAUGAGCAGAAGUCUUGCUUCUGACUACGUAAUGAUUGCACUACUUAAAUGUUACAGUGACGAAGGUCAGAAGGAGUUUUUUGUCUUCAUGCUCGAGAUUUUGGUUUACAAUCUGGCCAAAAAUGAUAACCACAGAUGCAACAAAGUCAUGCUGCAAAAAUUGGACCCAACAUCUAAAUUAGUAGAAAAUUUCGACAAAACUGUCACAAACGAGGAAGUAAAGGCAUGUGACACACCAAUUCCUACAGAUAAAUAUGAGUUUGUAAAAAAUAUCGUACUUACACGCACAGGCAGCAAGCCAUGCUACGAAGAUUUGGAUAUAAAGACAAUUUAUUAUCUGGUGCUGGUCAUGACGAAUGAGAAAAGUCAAGAUUUAAUUGAUGCUGAGUCAAUUCGUUAUGCUGAAGGUUUUAGACCAAAGUUUGCUAAAUUUUUGACAUGCACGAUGAAUGACUUGAUGGCGAAAUUAUAA